CAGGUAUUAGUGUCAUGACAGGUAUUAGUGUCAUGACAGGUAUUAGUGUCAUGUCAGGUAUUAGUGUCAUGUCAGGUAUUAGUGUCAUGACAGGUAUUAGUGUCAUGUCAGGUAUUAGUGUCAUGACAGGUAUUAGUGUCAUGUCAGGUAUUAGUGUCAUGUCAGGUAUUAGUGUCAUGACAGGUAUUAGUGGCAUGACAGGUAUUAGUGUCAUGUCAGGUAUUAGUGUCAUGACAGGUAUUAGUGUCACGACAGGUAUUAGUGUUAUGACAGGUAUUAGUGUCAUGAAAAGUUAUUAA